AUGUCUGCCCACAAAUCUUCCACCACCUUCAAGCUCUCCACCGGAGCCUCCAUUCCUGCCGUCGGAUUGGGGACCUGGCAAUCGUCUCAAAGCGAAGUCUACGAUGCCGUUCUUGCGGCCCUCAAGACUGGCUACAGACACAUCGACACUGCCUAUGCCUACUUAAACGAAGAGGCCGUUGGCAAAGCCAUCAAGGACUCCGGAAUCCCAAGAGAAGAGAUCUUUGUUACCACCAAGUUGGCUUCGAUCCAGCAGCUCGACCCAGUCAGCGCAUUGAACGACUCGUUGAAGCGUUUGGACUUGGACUACGUGGACUUGUACUUGAUCCAUUGGCCUGUCGCCUUGAAUCCCAACAACAAGAGCCAUCCAUUGAUCCCAACAUUGCCCAAUGGGGACCGUGAUGUGCUUCAUGACUUCGACUUUAUCGAUUCGUACAAGGUUUUGCAAGAAUUGGCCCAACAAGGCAAGACCAAGGCCAUUGGUGUCUCCAACUUCUCCAUCAAGAACUUGACCAGAUUGCUCGAGCAUCCCUCGACCAAGAUUAAGCCUGUGGUAAACCAGGUCGAGCUUCACCCUUACUUGCCCCAAAACGAGUUACUUGAGUUCACCAAGAAGCACGACAUCCUCUUGGAAGCGUACUCUCCUUUGGGGUCCACCAACUCUCCCCUUUUGACUGAUGAAACUAUCGUCAAGAUUGCAGAGAACCAUAACGUUUCACCAGCCACUAUCUUGAUCAGUUGGGCAGUCUGGAGAGGCACGGUUGUGUUGCCAAAGUCUGUGACUCCCUCGAGAAUUGAGAGCAACUUCCUCAUCGUCGACUUGACCAGUGAGGAAGGAAAGCAAUUGGACAACAUCCACAAGGAAAAGGGAAUCAAGAGAUUAAUCAAUCCUAGCUGGAAUAAUAUUGAUGUUUUCGCAGAAGAUUAGAUGUGCAAUCCUGGC